CUUGAACUGAGAGAAAGCCUAAACCUCUGCGUGUUUCUGUGUAAAUGGACGGAGGCUAGCUGUCUUGUUUGCAGGUUGGUAGCGCUUUCGAAACUUAUGACUAUGGCGACUUGAGGUCACAUUGUUUUCAGAUUGUAGCCUUUAUCCCGCCAAUUGUGCAUAUCUUGUUUUGUCUGUUUUGUUUAGCGUUGCAGUUCCAGGUGUUGUUGCCAUCUCAACUGCGUGUUUUAUUGUUCUUUAAGUGUCCUCGGUGAGUUAGCAGCGAACACUCGCCUUGGUGUAACGUCCAUACGUGAGAUUUUAUCACUAAAGACAUUUGUGAUUUCGUAUUUCACGGAGAGAGCUCUUAAAAGUUGCAGUAACUCACAAAACGAUCAGAGACAGGCUCGAGUUUUGGUUUGAGGGAAACAUGUCGGGAGCUAACAGAGGAAGCGCGGCCAGCGAGCAUCACAACCAGGAAAAUAUGUUGUCGAGACUCAGAGGCUCGUUGAAAACCAGAGCUGCUGCUGCAAGCGAGAACCAAGAAAACCUUCCACCGAAGCAAGCCGCCAACAGAACCGUCCUGGGAGCCCUGCAGAACAACCAGCUGAACAAGACCCAGAACCAGCGCGGCGCAAAGCAGGAGUCCUCACAGCCCCUGUCAUGCAAAAGUGAAGAUUUUGUCAAAAGCUGCUAUGAUAAGCCUUCUGCCAAGCAGCCAGCUUUCCAGAUCCAUGUGGAUGAGCCUGAUGGAGCCUGCACCAGGAAACCACAGCAGGCGGUCGAAACCGUCAAAGGGAAGCCCACAGUCGAAGACUCUCCCCUGGCCAUCAGUAAUACUGUGGCACGGCUUCGGCAGCCCCUGGCCACGAUUGAUAUUCCAUCGGCGAUGGAUGUCAGCUUUGAUUCUCCCAUGGACAUGUCUGUGGUUGAGGGUGAAGAUAAACCUGUCAAUGUAAACGAGGUCCCAGAAUACGCAGCAGAAAUCCACGCAUACCUGAGGGAGAUGGAGGUGAAAACCAGGCCUAAAGCAGGUUACAUGAAGAAGCAGCCAGACAUCACGAACAGCAUGAGGGCCAUCCUGGUGGACUGGCUGGUCGAGGUUGGAGAAGAGUACAAACUCCAGAACGAGACACUUUAUCUUGCAGUCAACUACAUCGAUCGCUUCCUCUCUUCGAUGUCCGUCUUGAGGGGCAAGCUGCAGCUGGUUGGAACUGCUGCUAUGCUGCUAGCUUCGAAAUUUGAAGAGAUCUACCCUCCUGAGGUGGCAGAGUUUGUUUACAUCACAGACGACACCUACACAAAGAAGCAAGUGUUAAGAAUGGAGCAGCUGGUGCUCAAAGUGCUUUCCUUUGAUCUGGCGGCACCAACAAUAUACCAGUUUCUCACCCAGUACUUCCUUCACCAGUCUGUUAGCAAGCAGGUGGAGAGUCUGUCAAUGUACCUUGGUGAGCUCAGUCUGGUCGAUUCAGAGCCAUUCUUGAAAUACCUACCAUCACAGACGGCGGCUGCAGCUUAUGUCCUGGCCAACAACACAGUGACUGGUGGCUCAUGGCCCCAGUCCUUGGUUGAGAUGAGUGGCUACUCUCUGGAAGACUUGAUGCCAUGCGUUGAAGAUCUCCACAAAAUGUACCUUAAUGCCACUCAGCAUGCCCAGCAGUCUGUCCGGGAAAAGUACAAGGGCCCCAAGUACCAUGAAGUUUCCAGCAUCCAAGCACCUGCUACACUGCAGCUGAACUGACUUCUGUUUUCCUUGUCCAUGUAGUUUUGUACUUUUAUUUUUUCUUUUUUUUUUUUUUUUUUUUUUUAUGACGUGCCACAAUUAUUUUAAUAUGCCUGGUCUUUUUGGACCAGCGCUGGAUGUUUAGAGGUUUUAAUAUUUUUAUAUUCUCAAUCCCAGCUUCAUGCUCAACACAACUACAGUUGUUGGUUAAUUAGCAGGUUUAAUGGUGUUGAAUUGAAAUCGGACAAAAAUACAGACGUUUUAUACCGCUCUGUAAAAAUACUGCUUGAAUCUAGUGUCUCAAACUCAAUAGAUCUGUAAAUGUACUCAAUAGAUUGUGGCCUUUUGCCCCCAAUUUUUAGGGUGGCAUUUCCUACAGUUACUGGUUUACCUUUAACUAUCUGGCCUUGUGGGAUACAGAUUAAAGUGUAUUUUUCUGUCAGAGUCACCUGUCAUUAUGUUGGUCUCUUGGCGCAUUCUGAGGCAUCUAAUACACUGUAAAAUAUGGCUCUUGUAAAUAAAAUUCAUUUAAAGACUUCA